AUGCAUGUCACUAACUUGCCUGGGUUUCUAGUAGCUGAUGUGUAUGAGAUGCGCUCUGUAGUUGGUUCCCAUAGAAGGGAUGUGUAUGACAUGCACUCAGUAGUUGGUUCCCAUUCAAGGGAUGUGUAUGACAUGCACUCAGUAGUUGGUUCCCAUACAAGGGAUGUGUAUGACAUGCACUCAGUAGUUGGUUCCCAUACAAGGGAUGUGUAUGACAUGCACUCAGUAGUUGGUUCCCAUACAAGGGAUAUGUAUGACAUGUGCUCAGUAGUUGGUUCCCAUACAAGGGAUAUGUAUGACAUGUGCUUAGUAGUUGGUUCCCAUCCAAGGGAUGUGUAUGACAUGCACUCAGUAGUUGGUUCCCAUACAAGGGAUGUGUAUGACAUGCCUUCAGUAGUUGGUUCAUAUACAAGGGAUGUGUAUGACAUGCACUCAGUAGUUGGUUCCCAUACAAGGGAUGUGUAUGACAUGCCCUCAGUAGUUGGUGCCCAUACAAGGGAUGUGUAUGACAUGCACUCAGUAGUUGGUUUCCAUACAUGGGAACUACAUCAGUGGGUCAGAGAGAAAGGCAUUGUAGGCAUUUUGAUUGUUACAGACUUUAUGUAUGAAUAGUACAUGUUGGUUUUGCAGCUUGAAUGACAUGUGUAUCUAAUUUAGGUGGAUGGUAAACAAAAUCCUGUUUAUGAAUGAUUUUUGUCUUUUAUAGGAAAAUAAACUUUACAUUUCUCA